AUGCUCUGGUCUCCGGGUCUCCGCUGGGUGCUGCUCUGCGCGCUGCUGCACGCCGCGGCACCCUGGGGCGCGCGGCCGGCCGACAGACCCAAGCAGUGCGUCGCACCGAAGUCGCAAAGUGACAUGAACUCCUUCCUGUGGACAGUGAAGCGUUCACCUCCACAUCCGCCCUCUUACUUAUUCGGCACCAUCCACGUCCCCUACAAACGAGUCUGGGACUUCAUGCCCGACAACUCGAAGCAGGCUUUCUACAACAGCCCGAAUGUUUUCUUUGAGCUGGACCUGACCGACCCUCGGACCAUCUCUAAGCUGACCAGCUGUCAGCUGCUGCCCCACGGGGAGAACCUGCAGACUCUGCUACCUCGGGACUUGUACCGCCGCCUCAAACGCCACCUGGACUACGUCAAACACAUGAUGCCUUACUGGAUGACCUCUGACCAGCGUGGCCGCGGCCUGUAUGCCGACUACCUGUUCAACGCCAUAGCAGGAAACUGGGAGAGGAAAAGGCCUGUGUGGGUGAUGCUGAUGGUCAACUCGCUGACAGAGUUGGACAUCCGGUCCAGGGGGACGCCGGUGCUGGACCUGUUCUUGGCUCAGGAAGCUGAGAGGUUGAGGAAGACGACAGGGGCAGUGGAGCGGGUGGAGGAGCAGUGUCACCCCCUCAAUGGGCUCAACUUCUCUCAGGUGCUGUUUGCUUUGAACCAGACUCUGCUGCAGCACGAGGGCGUUCGAGCAGGAAGCCUGCAGGGCUCCUUCACCACUGAGGACCUCAUCACACACUACAACUGUGGUGACCUCAGCUCCAUCAUCUUCAACCACGACACAUCACAGCUGCCCCACUUCAUCAACAGCUCUCUGCCUGCUCAUGACCGCACGACAGCCCAACAGAUUGACAGCUACUUUCGCCAGGAGCUCAUCUACAAACGCAACGAGCGCAUGGCCCGCCGUGUGUCUGCGCUGCUGCAGAGGAACCCAAGCAAGACCUACUUCUUUGCCUUUGGUGCAGGCCACUUCCUGGGGAACCACAGCGUGCUGGACAUCCUCAGGCAGGAGGGUUACGAGAUCUUCCACACGCCGCCGGAUUACCAGGAGCCAGUCGCAGAGAGUAAACCAGCUGAGGAGCCUGCAGCAGGUUCCAGUGAUGAGAGCCCAGACUCCAGCACUGUGUCUCCCACCAGCUGGGGGACCAGUUCAUCAGAGCUGGAGCUGGAAGACUUAGACCACGUCCCUGGACUCGGAGACGAGGAGCUGCCUCACAUGCUGCUCCCCGACAGUCUGAGCCAGCUGGAGGAGUUUGGACGACACAAGCGUCCACGCAAAGCUCACCGUGGACAUGGCAGACCUCGUCUCUUCAGUGACCUCUGGGUUCGCAUCGGGGACGGCACAACCCCGCCACCUAAUGUCAGGAUAGUCAACGGCUAUGUGACCGUGGACCCUCCUCUGACCCACCAGGAGCAGCGCAGACUGGUGGAGAUCUACGCCACCGAGCAACAGCCCAGUCCCCCGUCCUCCACCUCGCCCAGUCCAACCUCAGCUCAGCCAGCUUCGGUCCACGGCACACUCACACUGUCCUGUCUCUUAGCCUGGAUGUUAUCACACAUGCUGUUUACCUCCUGACCACAGGACAGCGUUAUCUCACAGGCAAAACACUCAGACACUGUUGCUUCCGUACCAGAGCAGUGGAAUGCACCUGAUAAACAGGGAAUGUCCGUCAACACAUGAAGACAAGAGGAUGGAGGAAUAUUUCA